GGCUUCUGGGAGUAGUAGUUUAUAGCUUUUUCCUGCGUUUAAUGGCUGCGUGUAAGAGCUUCAGCUGAAACAGACAAACGAAGGUGAAAACAGUGCAAGAAACUAUAUAAGCUAGGAGACAGAAGGUGGCUUUUUUACCCACCUCAUUUCUUAUUAAUCUGACCAGCAUUGUUUGGCUGAGCCUGAGGUGUAAGCCUUGACACUGUUGCAGAAUCAAGAUGUUGCUACUGAACUGGAAGGUGCUGGAAAAUUUCCCACUGCUAAUGUACAUUUUAGCAGCUAAAACGUUAAUUCUUUGCUUAGCAUUUGCUGGAGCAAAAAUGUACCAGAGGAAAAGGCUUGAAGAAAAAAUGAGAAAAGAACAAGAGGAGAAACUUAAAAGGGAACAUAAAAAAGAAAACUGAAAAAUCUUAAAAGAUUUGUAGCCAUUUGGCAGCUUGCUUGGAUUCCUUUCCUGGGAGAGUUGAAGACUUCACUAAAAUUGAAUGCUGUGCCAGAGAAAUGUAAUUCCCCAAGGCCAACGUUUACUUAAACAAACACUGUCUUGGAUUUUUUUGUAUAUGUAAUAAGAAUAUCCUGUCGGUUAUUUAUAUAAUAAAAACUUAACAAAA